AUGUCUUAUACUUGGAGUGCCUAUUUCGAAGAAACACGUCCCGAAGAUUAUCGUUUUCUGGACUUCUACGAGUACCGAUCACAACAAUCCGACUUCACCUUUUCUUUUCGUAAAGAAUCUGACAAACUGAAAAAGGAUCUCAGUAUUCUAAUAACAAACGGUCCAGACAAAAUGAAGGAGGGUGUUAGUCUACUUAACAAAAGUUUUAAGGCAAAGUUUUUUUCUAUCAUCGUUUCUGCAUGGCUGGCUGGCAGAGGGAGGCUUCCACAGCUAUGGUGGGCACCUGCUUGCUGUCCACCUUACGGUCUGAUUGCCCGCUGUGGAAAAAGGAAAACCCUCACAACUACGGUGGACACCUGCUUGCUGUCCACCUUAUGUGACGUUGAUACGUUUUGGAGGGAAAUUGAAUUACACGAGGAACUGUAUGAAAUUGAGGAAAAAGCUUCUAGAUCAGUAAUGCGUGGCACCAUAAAAGUUGUCGAUACUGCCAUCGAAAACGCUUGUUCCACCAUUGAGAACGUCAAUACUAGACUGACGAACCCAGGAAAACGUGUAAAUAACGUCACAGUCCCCAAAGGCAACAAGAAAAUUAAAUGUUCCUCCAUAUCUGACACAUCGUCUAUCAAUGAAAAGAGCGAAGCUGACAUAAAACAAAAUGAAAAUAUGAACGAGAAAAAUCGAGAAGACGGACACCGAUCUCAAGAUGAAAAAGAUUCAGAGAAUGGUUUGAGUGAAGCAUCGGAAUCGAUGGUUGGGAGAAUAGAAAGAACUCCAUUGACAGUGGACGACAUCGACCUGGAGGAAGUUUUUAAAGAUUACUGUGAUGAAUGCGAAGACAAUUUUGACGAUAUCAUGGAUAUGAGGCCAACUUCACGCUUCACGGAUAAAAUUGCGGAAGAAUAUUGGGAUAAAUUCGUGCUAGGUACAUAUCCCAAGCAUAAUAUACCUGAGGAAUGGGUGAAAUUCAUACAAGAAUUUUUCAAGCCGAGAGUUAGCCUAGAAGAAUGGACAAAGGCUUGGCGUGGACUUCAUGAAAAGAUUAACGAAAACAAAAAAGACCUAGUGGAUGUUAUCUACAACAUCCUUGGACCAUACAUCAAAGCUUUUGAAGCACCAUUCAACAUCUUAAAGUCAGGUGAUCUCCAUGAAAAUCAAUACAAUGCACAAUUCAUAAGUCCGAUAUUAGGAAAUACAAUGAAUACUGUAUGUGGAGAAUGUAAUCUUGAAAUUCCGGUAGAAAGUAGCAAAGCUCGUCGCAAUACAGGUAUAAAUCCAAUCGUUGAUAAAGUUUUAGAAGCAAAGUGCGCAGAUGGGCUUGCUCGUCUCUGGCUAAGUCGUGAAGAAGUAUUCUUGUAUGAACAGACAGGAUCCUCUGAUUUUGAUGAUAUUACUCAGUUUCAUAUUCACGAUUAUAAAUUGGUCAGAACAAUGCGAGAUGUAUUGAAUCAACGAAUCAUAAUUCGCCUUAAAAAUGGAAUAUGUGAUCAUAAAGACCUUGCAAGCUUCAGUGCUUUUGGAAAUGGUACUGAAGUAUCUUUGUUUUGGUUAACAAUACAUCGGAAGUCGUAUUGUCUUCGUGAAUACGGAACUUUCAAGAUCCCUUCAACUUGGCAAGAGUUCCCUGUUCUUUCCGAGGCAAUUAUAACAUGUCUCAAAUUUUUUUCCUUCAUGAAAGAAAAUAUUGAAGUGAGAAAUUCAUACGUUGAACAAAACCAAAAGUUGGUGGCCAAGCGAAGAGUACACUCAAUAAAGCAGAACCAGACAUCACCGAUUCGACCUAAUAAGUGGAAGCCAAAAAAAUAA